AUGGCAGUUGCAGCAGCGGGUCCCGUGCUCACAUUCAAUCCCAAGGAGAACGAGUGGGAAGUUUUCUUCAAAAGGUUAGAGCAGUAUUUUAUAGUACACGGGGUCACUGAAGAAGCUGACAAGAGAGCUCAUUUGCUGUAUAGUUUGUCUGAGGAGGCGUAUAUUUUAUUAGAAAAUUUAUGUAUGCCGCAAAAGCCGGAAGAAACCCCAUACCAAGACAUAGUUCAGUUAUUGUCUAACUACUAUGGUAAAACUGCUGUUGUAUGGGUCGAAAGGCAGAAGUUUUAUAGUGCAUCCAAAUCAGGAAAUGAGACGGCACUAGAAUGGAGUGUACGACUUAAAGGUUUAGCUCGCUAUUGCAAUUUUGGUCAGCAGCUUGAGUCCAAGCUAACGGACAUUUUUGUUACGCAGUUCAAUCCUGGGAAGGUGAGAACUGAAUUAUUCAGCCUAAACGAGAACACCACCUUAAAUAACGCUGUUGAAAAGGCCAAAAUUAUCGAAGCAACGCUAGUAAUAAGAGACCCAGUUGGUGAAGUUAAAAGCGAGGUCUUAGAAUCCGAUGUUUUUCGAAUUACACAAAAUAAUUCAAAUGUUGGUGCCACUGGCGAUCAACAUCAAGAUCCUCAACGGUAUCAUAGAGGGACAGCAGUACCUGCAGCGCAGCGGAGCCAAGGAGGCACGCGCAGGAGUGGGGGCAACAGCUCAAACAUGGCGCUGCCACAGCUACAGCCGUUCACAUCGUCUGGUCGCUCUCCGGGCUGUUUCCGCUGCGGGAGGAACCACAACAGUAAUGUAUGCCCCUAUAAGGAAUAUAUUUGUAACUCUUGUCACGGCAGUAUCACUUAUUAUAAUCGUUUCAUCAGAAAUCUCCCAGAUAUACUUCACCCUUUAUAUAAUCUUUUGAAAAAAGAUGUAAGUUGGUCAUGGGAUAAAACAUGUCAGGAUUCAUUUGAGUAUAUUAAACUUGCAUUAUGUUCUGACGAUGUGUUGGUGCAUUAUAAUCCUGACCUACCAGUUACUUUGACUAUUGAUAGCUCGGACUAUGGAGUGGGAGCAAUUUUAUCUCAUGUUUUUGAAAAUGAUGUCGAAAAGCCAAUUUGUUAUGCGUCAAGAACUCUCUCGAAAAACGAAUUGGCAUACUCUAUUUUGGAUAAAGAAGCUACCGCGAUUGUUUGGAGUAUUAAACGAUUUUACCAAUAUUUGUGGGGUAGAAAAUUUACCUUGGUCACAGAUAAUAAGGCACUCAUGUCAAUUUUUGAACCUAAAACGGGUGUUCCAGUGAUGGCAGCAAAUAGACUGCAGAGAUAUGCACAUUUUCUGAGUGGCUUCAAUUUCGAUAUCAAGCAUGUGUCAUCCAUUCAAAAUGUAGCUGACUUCUUAAGCAGAAUGCCGAUUGAAGAUGACAUGUCUGUGCAACUGAUCGACUUCCCCAUUCAUUUAAAUUAUCUCACUAAUUCCGAUUCUAGUAUACCAGUCGAUGUUAACAAGGUCAGAGAACUUACAUCCUCAGAUUCAGUACUUUCUGAGGUACUCAAUUUUGUUAAAAAGGGGUGGCCUGCAAGUCAUAAAAGUAAUGAAUUGAAACCUUAUUUCAGUAGGAAAAAUGAAAUCAAUGUUGAAGACGAUGUCCUGCUUUGGGGACAUCGAGUUAUCAUACCAUUUCAGUUACGAGAGGUGAUAUUGAAGGAGUUGCAUGCUACCCAUUUGGGAAUUGUUAAAAUGAAGUAUCUUGCGAGAUCUUACUUUUGGUGGCCGUCCUUGAAUGAUGAUAUUGAAAGUGUUAGUCGUUCGUUGAGAACUCGAUUUGACAUGCUUAGACCAAGCUCAGUCCAAGACAAUGAAAAAGUUGAACUUGAAAAUGUUUACCAAAACAUACAACGUUCUCAACGAAGAAACGUAAAAUACUUCAGAGGAAAUAGGAAAGUAUGUUUUAAUAUUGACCAAAUUGUGUUGGUUAAAGAUUAUCGCGAUAAACAAGUAACUUGGUGUAAAGGACAAGUUGUUAAAAUUUUAGGGAAAAACGUUUACGUUGUUCGACCACUAGAUUCAAAUUUCCUUUGGAAAAGACAUACUAAUCAGAUCAGAGAACUAAAUGAUGAUUAUUCGUUGGUCUACCCACCCUGCGUGGAGCUACCGCACACUGUAAACGUUUUUUCCAAUAGUGAUGGCGCCAGCAAUACUUCUGCCGGUAGUUCGGUUGAUGAUGUGUUUGUGGAUGCCGGAAUCGCGGAUAGUGAACGCGUGGAUGUCAGUGACUCGGAUUCUAGCUCCAUUGGUGAACAGGCUGAACUUACACGACCCAUACGUAUCCGAAUAUUCUAUAACGCCCUCGUCCAGCUAUCGUUCUGGCUACCAGCGAGAGACAACCUCAAACAUCAGCUAGAAGAUUCGACAGGUGGACAGAAGUGGGAUCAAGCAGGCAACCAGCAAUACGCGGCCAUGUAUGGAGUGUGGCCGCAUUUCUGUAUCGUUCGCGUAAGCCAUCGCGAGUAUUUGACACAUCUAUAG